GGGCGGGCCCGGAGGGGGGGGGAGGGCCCGGGGGGGGCCCCGGGGGGGUCUCGGGGUUCGCGGCCGCCAUCGCGGGGGCCAAGCUCAGGAAGGUGCCCAAGGACGAGCCCCCCAGCGGGGGCGUGGCCGGGGCUGGGGGCGGGGCCGCCCCCUCGGCCCCUCCCCCAAAAUCGGGGGCGGGGCUGAUGGAGGAGAUGAGCGCCAUGCUGGCCCGCAGGAGAAAAGCCGCGGAACCGCCCAGAAGGGACGAUGACGUCACCUCCGAGGAGGCGGAGCCCGGCGAGAGGAGGGCGGGGCCGGCGCCGGAGCCCGUCCCGAGGCCGUGGCACAAAUCCAGCUCCACCGUGCCCAGGAUGAAAUCGGCCACUCCAGCCACCCCCGAGCCCCACAAUGAGUUGGACCUGGAGCGCUUCAAACUGGAGCUGCUGGAGGAGUUCCGGAAGGAGCUGCACAAAAUGAAGGAGGAGCUCAUCCAAGCGCUGCUGACGGAGCUGAGGAAGCCGAACCGGCCCUGACCCCGCCCCCCCACCAGGCCACGCC